CCCACCACGGAAUAAUUGUUUAUUAUUCUGCGUUUUGUGUUCCAACAUUCCUUUCAUUUGAUUAAUUAAAGAUAUCUUUAGGUUGACAAGAAGGCUCUUCAAAAAGCUUUUGUUCCAGUCUUCAUGAUGGACAAUAACUAUAUCCAAAUAAAGGACAUGCGUCCAGGACUGAAAAACGUUAAUGCAGUGUUCAUAGUUUUGGAAGUCGGUCACCCCACAGUGACGAAAGAGAACCGCGAAGUUCGAACAUUCAAAGUGGCCGACCAAAGUGCGUGUAUAAACGCCAGUAUUUGGGACGAGGCAGGCCUCUUGCUGAUCCCUGGCGACAUAGUCCGAUUGACCAAAGGCUACGUAUCGUUGUGGAGAAACUGCCUCACCCUGUACACCUCCAAAGGGGGCGACAUCCAGAAAAUAGGCGAAUUCUGCAUGGUGUUCAAUGAACAGCUCAACAUGAGCGAACCCGGACCGGUCUUACCUCAAAUACCUCCCGUCUGCGGCCCCCCCAACAACCUGCCCCUGAAUAAUGGAACCAACAACGGGGCGGGUAGGGUCGGUCCUCCGCAGCCUCCUGUUACUGCUCCACCUCCGAUGCAGCACAACAACAUCGCAGGGCCUGCGAAGACAACUGCGAACAGUACUUCUCGACAGAGUGGAAAUGGCCCCCCUUCGGACAAUCAGAAACGAUCCCGGGGCUCGAGAUCAGGGCAGCACAGAAAUAGACAUAACCGAGCAACGUAAUGACGAGUUUGAGACCGACUUUGGAAUUGUGAAGACACUGAUUUUGGAUUUCUGCCUCUCUGACAAUGUUUAAAGAAUAGGAAACGUCCAAAAAUUUGGAAAAAGAAAUCGACAAGUGUCCGAGAAACUAUUUAGGAAAGUAUUAACAGGUGAAUAUUGGUUUUAACAGCCCCUGCUAGGUUUUAAAAAAUGUUUCAUUGGGCGUGUGUAUUUUUGUCUGCUGGUCACAAAUCUGAAGUUUAACUUGGCAAGGAUAGCCGAGUUUCUUUCAGAUAUAUUGCGAAUAAUCAAUUAUUGACAUGGUUCACAACUGAUCCAAACUCAUUCAAAAUAAGCUUAAAACGAAUCAUUAAUCAGGCAAAGCAGAUGUGAAAGGGGUUCCACAGCCCUACCUCAUUUCUCAUCUAUGUCAAUGAUAUUAAGUGCAACUUUCCCAUUGUAUCAUUUUCUUUUUUUGCCGAUGAUACUAGUUCAAAUGUUUAUGACUCGCACUUUCAAUCACUAAUCACUAAAGAUCAAUUAAUGGUAUAAUUAAAAAAGUGCAGGGCAUUUUUUCAAUCCUUAUGAAACAAAUCAAUAUUUUGAAAUAAUUGAAUGCUGUCAUUGAAUACCUCAAACACUUCAAAAUUCUUGGAAUUCACAGACAGAAAUAAUGAGGUAUAAUGUAACCUGAACAUUUUCGGAUUAUUAGUUUCCCUUAUCUGCUUCUGCAAUUUUUUCUAAUUGAUGAUGAAGAUUGACGAUGACAAAAAUAUGUAAUAUAUUUGGUGACUUCUAGGACAUUAUUCAUUUUGGUUAUAUCAGAUUGUAGAAAUUCUCUGAGGUGUUUUUAUCAAAUACACAUACACCAGUUGAUAUCACAUAUUUCUCUUCUUCAAAUAAAAUCUAAAGACUCAACUGCUUGCUUUUACUCCAUUGUGAUUUUUAAUUAGGAAAACAUGAAUGCCAUGGGAAAGAACGGUUUAGGCUUUCUACUACUCUAUCUUGAUACAAAAAAUCAUUCAUUUAACUCUAUAUAGAGUUGAUCAACUCUCAUUCAAUUCCAAAAUUAACUCUAUAUAGAGUCUAUUUUUUGAAAUUUCGACAUUAACUCCAUAUAGACUUGAUCAACUUUAUAUAGUUAAUUUUUUUGACUCUAUGCACAGUCAAUUUUUUGAAAUUUCAAUCAAUUUCAAAAUUAACUAUAUAGAGUUGAUCAACUCUAUAUAGAGUCAAUUUUUUGACUCUAUAUAUAGUCAAAUUUUUGAAAUUUCAAUCAAUUUCAGAAUUAACUUUAUAUAAAGUUGAUCAACUCUAUAUAGAGUCAACUUUUUGACUUUAUAUAGAGAUAAUUUAUGAAAUUGAUGGCUUUUUUCCUUUCUUUUGUAUGAAGAUGGUGAAGUAGAAAGCCAAAACCCUUUUUUUUGAAAAAUUAAUCUUAAAAUUUACCCCUAUCAAUAUAUGAAUAAUAUCUUUUGUGCUAGUUAUUUCUUGCUGAUUAAUAAUUCAUAGUUGUUCCUUGCUAAGUGCUUGGAUUUUUUGUUGGUUUUGUUGACAGUUUUGUCAAAUUAAACUGGAAUUAAAUGCAGUGCUGUCAAAUUUCAUAUGGCUAUUGAAAAUAUAAGGAAUGGGAAUUUUGUGUUGAUAUGCUUUACAAGAUUUUAUUACUAGUUGAUUUUUUGAAAAUUAAAACUUUUUGAGUGGCCAUAUAUCCAAAAGUAGACCAAAGUGCCAAAUUUUGACUCUUUAUUCGUGAUCAGGAGACAAUAAUAGGUAGGUCUAACAAAAUGAUUUUUAUUCAAAUAAUAGCACAACCUGUUAAAACCGGAAUAUUUACCAAUGUAGAUGUUUCUUUCAAGUACAAAAGAUACACAACAUAAAAUAAAUGUCGUCUAAUUAUUAAAUUUUAAUUUGUCAGGUGUGAAAUAGAUUUAUGUUCAUUAAAUGUGCACAAAGCAUGCAUGACUUGAAUGAAUCAUCGUUUAGACUAUUCAGAAUUUUACUGCUUGACAGAGAAGGGUCAAAAUUGGCAGGGAAUUGUCAAGAUUGACAGAAAAUGUCAAAAUUGAAAGGCAGUUGUCAAGAUUGACAGGGUGUGGUCAAAAUUGCCACCAAGUAGUCAAAAUUGACAGUGACAUCUUUUUUUUUUUUAGUUUAUGUUUGAGAGAAACAUCUAUCUGCCCAUCAUUUUUUCUCUAGAAGAGUUUAUUGACAUUUGUUUUUUUUUCUGAGUUUCCUAUUUAUACAUUGAGGAAGACGUAGAAAUUCAAAAAAAGGUUUUUCCAAAGAGUUUACAGAGAAUCUGGAUUCAUGCAACCUCCUUUCCCAAGUUUGAACAAGAGUGGUUUUAUUCUGUUAACAAAGAGAGGUAAUUUUAAUUUUGAGAGAAGCUGGGGUGCUUGCAUAAAUCCAGAUUAAGUAGACACCCAUCUUUAAAUACCCUUUUUGUACAUAAUAUAGAAUGUUUUUUAAUGAAAGAUGUCAUAAAACUAUACUAGCCUAUGAUU